AUGACGGAGAUCGAAAUGGACAUUGAUAUGGCCAAGCCAAUCUUGGACAGUAAAGUCGAAGACGAUCUCAUCGACUUCGAUACCGACAUGGUUGAUUCCAAUCAUGACCUGCGAAAGAACGACGACAACUUGGAGAGCAUGGAUAGAGAAAUGCAAGAAGGCGAGGACGCUGCGAAUCAGGAAGCCUACGAGACGAACGGUAUCACGGGCGAAGAUGUAGACUUUGACCUACAUGAUGUCGAAGAUACUGCAAACAGUCCUGAACAUGUGGAUUAUGAAGUGACCGAGGCUCCUGAGCUUGGGACUCAGGGAUCGAUACAAACAGCUCAGCCACCCGACGAAGACGUGCAAGAAAGUGGAGAGAAUGUAGAAAUUUUGGAUGAAAUAAUCGUUCGUGGCGAUGCAGUGUCUGACGAUCAUGCAUCUGCGCACGAGAUUGAUUAUGAAUUUGAGGAUAAUGCUGAACCAGAAGACUCGCAUCAAGAUGAGAAAACUGCUGCCGCAAGCCCUGCAACAAGGUCUGAUCUAAACGGAGCAGCCGGUACUGCUGAAGAGCAACAUGACCAACAACCUGAGAAUGAUGCUACUGCAAGCGGACAAGAGUUAUCCGGCCACACUGGAGACGAGAAUAACAUGCCAAGCCACAAUGAUCAAAAUGAGCCUCGCGAUCUAAAGGAGGAAGAAGAGGAAGAAGAAGCAGAGCCCGAUUAUGAGGUUACGGCUGUUGAAGCUGAAGCCGAGGAUGCGAAGGCAGAUGAGUAUAGUGGUGAAAAUAUUCACGCAUCCGGUGGCAACGACGAAAUACACGAUGGAAAAGAUGCGCAUAGUCGUGAAGAAGCCACUACCUUGGCAACAGGGCAAAAUGACGAAAUAACCGAAGCUGUCGAGGAAGUUGAAGAUCACGAUUAUGACGUGGGUGAACAUGUCGCAGAUGCAUAUGAGGAGCACGCCACCACUGAUGCGGAUCAUGUGGAUCACUCAGUUACUGGAGAAGAUUCAAAUGGGAAGAUAGAUGAGGGCUUUCCUGCUAUAACGGUACAGUAUAAAGGAGAUGAAUUUCCUAUGUUCUCCACCACCACCCAUGGUUUCUUUGCCGAUACUUCGGUUCUUGAUGAGCCACUUGAGAAGUUCAUUGCCGGUCUUCGGAGUGAGCUUGAAAAUGAGAUUGCCGAGGAUGAUGAUUUGGUACUCCAGGUCGAUGAGCUUGGCCUUGAACUUGUUGAGGUGAGAAAAGGCUCUGCCUUACAUCAAGAAUGCGCUGACAUUUUGAAACAGACAACCCAAGGCGAGGCCAUGUCGAACGUGACACUCCGUCAGAUUCUUGAAAUUUUCGACCUUCUUGUCAAGAACCAGGACCCAGAUGGCUCACGCCCGCUGUAUGCCUACCUUUUUACCAAACCCAAUGCAGAAAAGCGCUUUGAGUAUCUCGUUGAGAGUGCUACGGCAGGGAAGGGGCUUGAUGAAGUUAUCCAUCUCUUCGAGACUCCCAUGACUGCUGGAACUAGUAUGCUGGAAACAGCUGCAACUAUCGAUGGCGUUCAUGACGAACUGGACGAGUUCGACAGCCCAAUUGAUGACGAACAUCACAGCGGCAUAGAUGAAGCAGAAAAUGAGGAUGAAUAUCUGGAAGACGAACAUGCGAACCCUAAUGCCAUUGGUUCCGAGGGUCAAGAGUUCAAAGACCAGGAAGUCGAUGGCCAGCAGGCCAGUAACCAGGACGGCCAUGAUGAAGACGAGCGAGACAAUAUCAACGUUGCAACCGAAACUCAGAUUGAGAUAUCAGUUAAUGCUCCUGCUGUUGGUUCGGAGGACCCGGAGGCUGUCGAUGAGGACGGCCUUGAGCAAAAUGGUAAAGCGACCUCAUCCUCUUCCACUUCCCUUUCUUGCUACUACCCCGACUUCUGCCUCUGUGCCCCCUGUGUAGCGGAGUAUGUCGAAGAUCACAGCAAAGAUGAAGCAGAAUUCCGGAAAACUGUCAAGCGCAAUUGCGGAGCCAUGCAAAUUCUUUCGCCCAAAGUACAAUAUCUUCGUUCCCAUCAAUCCAAACAUCACCGCUCCCUGUCUGACUUCAGCACAACGUAUUCUUUCAAUAAUACUGACGAAUUUACUCCAGCACGAGCUGACAGCGAGAUUGACCCAUUUGCCAACUUCGAAUUAGACGAGGAAGCCGAGUUCAAUGGAGACAUCGCCCUUGAAGAGAAUACAGAGGCCCAAGAUGAGGUCAACGCUGAUGCCGAGCCAGAACCACUCCAUGCACAAACUCAUGACACGAGCACUACAACUACUCUUCAAGAGGAGGAGGAAGCGUCCUCUUUCAACGUUGACCUCGGAGAGGCUUCUGCAACAGAAGAGACAGCCGAGAAACGGAAGACUGAUGAUGACGACCUGGACGAAAUCGACUGGAGAUAUGAGCAUGAACCAGAAGACCAAGCACCAAGCACUCCUUCGGCUGCUGGGAAACGACCCCGUGGUGAUGACGAUGAUGGAAAUGCAGAGGAUGAGCAAGAUGCCAAGCGCCGUCGUCCCUGA